UUGAUGACUAUUGCCGCAGCACUCAGUAGUAUUGAAUAUAGACAUAGAUUUACUGUCCGACACCAACAACCACUCAAAGCUGAAUACGAUUUCAUUGUUAUCGGUUCGGGAACUGCCGGCGCAACAGUGGCCGCCCGACUCAGCGAACUAUCCAAUGUUCAAGUAUUACUUCUAGAGGCGGGCGGUCCGGGAAAUAUAGCAUUGGAUAUACCGGCACUUUCACAACUAAUUGCUCAAGGUCAAUGGGAUUGGAACUAUACUAAUGUUCAACAGUCAUCAAUUGGUUUGGGAUUGAAAAAUAAUGUCCUACCAGAGUAUAGAGGUUAUGCACUGGGAGGUACGUCAUCUAUCAACGCUAUGAUAUUUAACAGGGGUAACACCAGAGGUUACGAUGCCUGGGCUAAUAAAUACGGUGCAACCGGUUGGGGUUGGGAUGAUGUGCGACCAUAUUUUAUGAAAUUUGAAAAUAAUACCGACUCUGAUCUCGUAAAUGCUUAUCCCGAUUGGCACAGUACUGAUGGUCCGGUUCAGAUCAGUUCGUGGACAAACCCCGAUCCAAUUUUUCAGCUAAUUAUUAGGGCAAACUACGAGUUAGGCUAUCCGACCACUGAUAUCAAUGGUCCCAAACAAUUAGGUGUAACUCUAUGUCAAACAUACGUUAGUACUAGUGGUGUCCGAAUGAGUUCGUCCAACUCAUAUCUUGAGGGCAAUCGGAGGCCAAACCUUGAUAUACGUGUUCAUUCGCGAGUAACUCGAGUGAUAUUUAAUGGUCACACGGCUACAGGUGUUGAGUAUAUAAAAAAUGGUGUCACAUAUGUUGCAAAAGGGAGAAAAGAGAUUAUUAUAAGCGCAGGUGCUAUAAAUUCGCCGCAACUACUUAUGCUGUCAGGUAUAGGACCGGCACAACACUUGAAUGAUCUUUCCAUACCAGUGUUGUCAAACCUACCCGUCGGUAUUGGCCUACAAAAUCAUCCGGAACUUGAUAUACGAGCCUUUAUUAAAGAUGACUCAUUGGUCACAACCAGCCGACAACAAGACAUGGAAUCACUGACUACUGUUACCAAUCUAUACGAAUGGUUUACCAAUGGUUCCGGACCUUUGCGAGUGUUUCAGAACACAAAGACUUAUAUUAACAGUCAUAGCAAUAGAGACAAGAAUUGGCCGGACCUGUCAUUAGAGGUACGACUACUCUAUCAAUCAAAUGAUGUCCAGUCAUCGGCACAAGGAUUCGAUAACGUAGACGACUGGACACACUAUCUGCAACAGUAUGUCAAUCGCUAUUACCUUCAAGUGAUACCCAAUCAUCAAUUGCCACGAAGUCGUGGAUACGUAUACUUACAGUCCAACAAUCCAUUUGCUCCGCCGAUAAUAGAUCAACGAUAUUUGACGCAUCCGAAAGAUAUGGACGAGUUUAUUGAGGCCGCUCGGUAUGGAUUAUAUGUGGCCGAACGGUCAUCACUGGCACAAUACUUAUUGCCAUUGCAACCCAUACCCGGUUGUUAUGCCUGUCCGCACAAAUCAUAUCUAUAUGAAUGCGAUUCAUAUAUCCGAUGUCACAUAAAACAGCUAACAUGGAGUGGUUUUCACGACUGCUGUACCGUACGUAUGGGUGAUCCCAACAGUGAUGAUACAGUGUUGGACCCACGGCUUCGGGUUAAAGGUUUCAAAAGAGUGCGAGUGUGCGAUGCGUCUGUGUUUCCCAAUAUACCCAAUGCUAACACAAAUGCGGCCACUUUUAUGACCGGCGAAAAGUGUGCCGAAAUGAUUAAAGAGGAC